AUAAGAAGAGAGGAAGAGAGGAGUAUAGGGUCCGGUGGUGGAGCCAGAGAGAGGAAACAGAGGGGUCCACCACGAUCCACGGUGAGCGUGCACGAAAACCGAAGCCUCUCUACGCCACUUCAAAAAUAAAAAGAGCAUAAACGGAAAAAACAGCUGUAACCUUUUACUGGGUUUUUUCCCGGGAAAAUAUUAACAGCCUCGCCACCACAUCCUCACCAGAUCGCUCCACCGGAAUCUUCAUGGACCGCUCCGCCGCCCGACUCAAUGUCCCUACGCCGGUAGCCUCCGGACCCUCUGCGGAGGCCACUCUACGCCACGUGGACCGCCUCAUAAACUCCAAUCACUACACGUCGCCUUCCAGGACAAUCUACUCCGACCGCUUCAUUCCCAGCAGAUCUGCGUCCAAAUUCGCGCUCUUCGAUAUCGCCUCGCCACCCGAGGGCCGCGACGACAGCUCCAGCGCCUACACCACGCUCCUCCGCACCGCCCUCUUCGGCCCCGAUGCCGCCGGCCUGGCGCCGCCCCUCACGCCGCAGAAAACUGCCUCGCCGCUCAUGACGCUCCCCAGCCGGAAUAUUUUCCGGUACAAGAGCGAGACGCGCCAGUCCAUGCACUCGCUCUCGCCGUUCAUGUGCGACGAUUCCGUACCCGGAGUUAAUCACGGUCCGGUCAAGGCUCCCAGGAAGGUUCCCAGGUCGCCUUUUAAGGUUCUGGAUGCGCCUGCGCUGCAAGAUGAUUUUUACCUGAAUCUAGUGGAUUGGUCUUCGCAUAAUGUCUUGGCUGUUGGUCUGGGUAACUGUGUUUAUCUCUGGAAUGCUUGUAGCAGCAAGGUUACUAAAUUAUGUGAUUUGGGGAUUGAUGACCUCGUUUGUUCCGUAGGCUGGGCUCAACGUGGUACGCACCUUGCUGUUGGAACUAGCAAUGGUAAAGUUCAGAUUUGGGAUGCAUCUCGUUGCAAGAAGAUAAGGUCUAUGGAGGGUCAUCGGUUACGUGUUGGAGCCUUGGCCUGGAGUUCAUCUCUUUUGUCUUCUGGCGGCAGGGAUAAGAAUAUUUAUCAAAGAGAUAUCCGUGCACAAGAAGAUUUUGUCAGUAAACUGUCAGGGCACAAAUCAGAGGUUUGUGGACUGAAGUGGUCUUACGAUAACCGUGAGUUGGCAUCUGGAGGAAAUGACAACAGAUUGUUUGUAUGGAAUCAACACUCAACUCAGCCUGUCCUGAAGUACUGCGAACAUACAGCAGCUGUUAAAGCUAUUGCAUGGUCUCCUCAUCUUCAUGGACUUCUUGCAUCUGGGGGAGGAACUGCAGAUCGAUGCAUACGUUUCUGGAAUACAACCACCAACUCACACCUAAGCUGCAUGGACACUGGAAGUCAGGUUUGCAAUCUCGUCUGGUCUAAAAAUGUCAACGAACUAGUAAGCACACAUGGUUACUCCCAGAACCAGAUAAUUGUUUGGAGAUACCCCACCAUGUCAAAGCUGGCCACCCUUACUGGCCACACAUACAGAGUUCUCUAUCUUGCCAUUUCUCCGGAUGGACAGACUAUUGUAACUGGAGCUGGAGAUGAAACACUUAGGUUCUGGAAUGUAUUUCCAUCCCCUAAAUCACAGAAUACUGACAAUGAAAUCGGAGCAUCAUCUCUUGGAAGAACUAUUAUUAGGUGAUCGCUCGUGGCAUUUUGAUUCAAUCAUGUGGCAUAUUUCAAAGUUUGGACUCAUGCACAAAACAAAUUUCAUAAUGGAGCAACAUGAUGAAAAAACAUACCAUAAAAAAAAUAACAUGAAAAGGCAUGCUUUACCGUUUGGAGAGCAUUGCAGGGAGCUAUGAAAGUAUAUUGUGGCUGCCAAAGAUAAAAGACAUUCAUGCGAUUCGUGUGAUGUCUCAUUUCUUACUUAAAAGUAGGUCAUUUUUUUAUUGCCCAUCGGAAUUUUAUACAUGUUAAUGGAGUUGUAGCUUCCUUCUUUCCCUCUCCUUCUAUUCUUUACUUCUUUUCCAUAAUGCUCUCCAAUGUUAUACAUUCAAGGCAAGUACACAGAGAACACAUCCUUAGCAAGCUUGUAACAACUGUUGUAUAUAAUUAUUCCAUUUUAGGAAUUUUGGUACUUCCUUCAAUUUUUUAAUCAUCUCAUUGCUUC